ACUUUGCUAACCAUUCCCCCACUACUAAUUAGCUUUUCUUCUUCUUCUUCUUCUUCUUCUUCUUCUUGUAUUUGUUUUAGUCUUCAAUGGCAAUUCCGGUGGUUGAUUUCUCUAAGCUCAAUGGUGAGGAUAGGGCCAAAACAAUGGCUCAGAUUGCAAAUGCAUGCCAAGAAUGGGGUUUUUUUCAGCUGGUGAACCAUGGCAUCCCAGUGGAGUUGCUGGAGAGGGUGAAGAAGGUCUCAUCAGAGUUUUAUAAGGGAGAGAGGGAGGAGAAUUUCAACAAGUCAAAGGAGGUAGACUUAUUGGAUGAGAGUAGUGAAAAGUUGGAGAAUGUGGAUUGGGAAGAUGUUAUCACUCUCUUGGAUGAUAAUGAAUGGCCAUCCAAAACACCUGGCUUCCAGGAAACCAUGAAGGAAUACAGGUUUGAGUUGAAGAAAUUGGCAGAAAAGGUGAUGCAAGUUAUGGAUGAAAACUUGGGAUUACCGAAGGGAUACAUAAGGAAGGCACUCAAUGAUGGAGAUGGUGAUAAUGCCUUCUUUGGCACCAAGGUUAGCCACUACCCACCAUGUCCUCACCCUGAGAGGGUGAAGGGUCUUCGAGCCCACACAGACGCUGGUGGCGUCAUUUUACUCUUCCAAGACGACAAGGUGGGGGGACUUCAAGUCUUGAAAGAUGGAGAAUGGAUUGAUGUCCAGCCCUUGCCUAACACCAUUGUCAUCAACACAGGUGAUCAGAUUGAGGUCCUCAGCAAUGGCCGCUACAAGAGUGCUUGGCACCGAGUCCUGAGCCCUGUCCAUGGGAUCAGGAGAUCCAUUGCUUCAUUUUACAAUCCAAGUCUGAAAACCACCAUUGCUCCUGCACCACAGUUGGUGGAAAAAACAAACCAACAAGUGGAACAAACUUAUCCCAAGUUUGUUUUUGGGGAUUAUAUGUCUGUUUAUGUUCAGCAGAAGUUCCUUCCCAAGGAACCAAGGUUCCAAGCUGUAAGGGCAGUGUAAUACCAAGAAGAAGCUCAAAACCAUGAAUGAUGUUUUUGACUGAAAGAGUAGAGCCCUUUCUUUCCUGGAAAAUAAAAUUGCAGGGAAGGAUAUGAAGAGCUCAAGUCAGUAUACAAAGUUACUAGGGUGUUUGUUUGUUUGUUUGUUGUGUUUUUUACUUUUUUUUUCUUUUCCUUUUUUGGUUGGAGUUUGUGGUGAUGAACAUGAUGAGAUGCUCGAUCAAAUUGCUAAAGUUGGGUGUGUAAAUUUGAAUCACAUAUAUAUUUUAUUAUGAAUUUUCUAAUCUUUUAUUUUACGAAA